AUGUAUCAUAACGACUCGCUUAUUGUGGAUGUCGAGGCUGAUAAAGACUUCGAUGUUCUGUCGUUCGUUGAGUCUUAUUCUGAAAGACAUGAAAUUGGUCAUGAAAUGAAGAAUGAGGAAUACCGUAAGCAAGAGGAAAUGCGUACGAAAUUAGCCAUCGAUUUCGUUCGCAGAGAGGCUACUGAUGAGAAUGGCCAGAUCGCCACCGUCAACCCCCAUCCUAAGCUCUCCAUUGCUCACGAUCUAGUGUCAUUCCUCUUGAGCCGCAAAGCUGCAACUUCUUACCUUUUUAGGCGUCAUCUGAUCCCUUCAGGCACUGCCUCUCAGCCGUUCCCUCUCAACAUGUUCAUGGGUAAAUGGACACCAUGGACAAUUUUCGCGCUAUCAAAGUCAAAGGACGUCCAGCCAGGUACUCUCCAAUGCUGUCAGCUGAUGAAGCCUGGAGAUAUUGAAGUCAUCACGGUUUCGAAUAACAAGUUCGUGCAGCUGAUGAGUCUUUUGACCGGAGAUGAGCUGCUCAUGAUGUCAACCUGGGAGAUGCCCGAUGCUUCGAGACAUGUGAGUCCUCAUCUGGAUAUCAUGAAGCCUAACUUUGGUUUAGUAGAAGGACGUGGCGAGAGAGUCAUUGCUUGGAGAGUUCACGGACUCGAUACCUCGUACUACAUGGAUAGACUGGGUUAUCGCAUUCCUGACAUGGUUUGGCCGCUUCGAGAGGCUUGUAAGGUUUGA